AUGUCCAACGAAAUGGAAGUCGACCCGCCCAUCGCCCAAGAUGAUGGCGCCGAGGAGUCUGGCCGCGGAGUUGAGCCUCGAACUCAGACUGGCGCUGUCGCGGUGCGCAGUAUUGAAGGAUGGAUUGUGAUGGUCUCCAAUAUCCAUGAGGAAGCCUCAGAGGAGGAUAUCACCGAUAUCUUUGCGGAGUAUGGCGAAAUUAAGAACUUCAGUCUCAACCUGGACCGGCGGACGGGUUAUGUCAAGGGAUACGCCUUGAUCGAGUACUCGACCCUUCCCGAAGCCUCCGAGGCAAUCAAGAACCUGAACGGCAGCAAGCUCCUUGAACAGACUCUCAGUGUCGACUACGCUUUCGUCCGCCCUCCCCCGUCGAGCAAGGGCAAGGGGCCAGCCCAGAAGAAUAUUCGUGGCGCCGCUGCCCGGGGCCGCAGCCGCAGUCCUAAUCGCAGUCGCAGCCCUGGAGGUGACCGAGACUAA